AUGGAGGGUUAUCCACAAUAUCAUCAUCACUACACCGGGAAUAUAGAUACUGCCACCGCUACUGGCGAUGGCGGAGGUGGAGGCGGCGACAGUUUCCCUCAAUGGAGUGUUCAAGAAACCCUGAAUUUCUUGAUGAUUCGUGGUGAGCUCGACCCAAACUUCAUGAAAACCAAACGCAACAAGCUUUUGUGGGAAUUGAUUUCCAUGAAAAUGAAAGAAAAAGGUUACAAUAAAAGCCCUGAGCAGUGCAAGUGCAAGUGGAAAAACCUAGUUACUCGAUAUAAGGGAUAUGAAACCAUGGAAGCCGAAGAUAUGAGGCAACAGUUUCCAUUCUACAAUGAAAUUCAUGCUAUAUUUGUUGCAAGGGUGCAAAGAAUGGUACGGUUUGAGGCAGAAGGCGGGCCAAAUUCUAAGAAGAAAGCAAUCCAAGAAAAUUCUUCAGAUACAGAAAACGAUAGCGAUGGGGCAAAGAAGAAGAGAAAGAUUAAAGGCAAUGAAAACCCAAGUGGUUCUUCAAGCAGUACUGGAAAGUUGAUUAUAACUAAUAUAAAAGAAAUCAUGGAGAAAUUCAUGAAGCAACAAAUGCAAAUGGAGAAUCAGUGGAUUAAAGCCUACGAGGAAAGAGAAGAGGAGAGAAGGAUAAAGGAGAUGGAGUGGAGACAAACAAUGGAAGAUUUGGAAAAUGAGAGAAUAAUGAUGGACAGUAGAUGGAGAGAGAGAGAAGAACAAAGGAGGAUUAGAGAGGAAACAAGAGAACAAAAGAUGGAUUUUCUUAUUACAACUAUCCUAAACAAGCUAACAAGAGAAGACAGUGCACAGUUUGGUAGUCAAUAA